ACAAAAUGGCAAUAAAGCCAACACUAAGGAAAUAUGCUCCUAUUUUAAUCGCAUCAUUAUUUACUUUAUUCAUACCAACUGUAUUGUAUUCAUUACAUCAAAAACAAAUGUUGUCACCUCAGCAAACUAUCAGGCAAAGAGCAUAUUCAUACCCUUCCAUGGUCAAAUACAGUUAUUACUGGCCAAAUACGAAAAAAGAGACAAAAGAAAGAGUAGAUAAAGACGAGUUGAAGAGGAUUGACCAAGCUUAUUGUGGAAGAGAUAGAUGCAAGUUUCUAUUACCUAUUGUCAUAACUGAGCAAGAGUCAAAGGCCCAAAUGCAUUUCAGACAAUUAGCCUUUUUGGCAGGAAAGAUUGGUCGCACGAUAGUUUUGCCCAACGUAUACAACUCCCAUCUUGGCGCUUGUCUACCUUAUCCCUUUGACCUUUAUUACGACCAAGAGGCAUGGGCAAAGGAAAACAAACGAUUUUUUAAUUAUAUAACAAUGGACGAUUUCAAGGCAUGGAUAAGCGAACGACAAGCAGUGGGUGUUGACCCUACAGCACAAGAAAUCUUUGUACAAGGCACCCAAAAAUCAAAACUUCUCGCCAAAUUCAAAAACUGUUUUCGCUCCUCAUUUGACUUUUCUGACCGACCUAUAGCCAACUAUCAACUUUUGGACAUCUCUCAUCCUACACGGAAAGACGGCAACAUCACACAGACCAUGAUGAGUCUGCUCAGCGAUGAAGCUCGUGAGCAUGAAUAUCUCGGAAAUUCGGACAAGCCCGUAGAUGUUAUCAACCUGUUUUAUGACAGAAGAUUCAAGUUUAUCGAGAACCCAGAAGCACAAAAACCCGUGCCAUACAGCCCAGCCCUAGUGAAAAUGGCAGAUGAUAUCUCAUCGCAAUUAAGGCCAUAUAUGGCAAUUCACUGGCGAAUGGAGAGACUAGAACCAGUGUCGAAUCUACUGCCUUGUGCAAAAGAUUUAAUCGAAAAGAUACAUGAAAUAGACCCUUCGGUUCAUAGACAUCCCAACGUAUUCUUAUUGACAGAUUAUCCCCAUUUGCUCAACACAACCGGCGCCAGACCAGAAUCGUCCUCAUUCACUCGUAACCAGCUGAAACCGGAACAUCAUGAAGCAAUUAGAUACCUCUAUCAGCACCUCAAUAUCACUCUAACGUCAACUAACAAUCUUCCUAUCCCCUAUGACGAGCUUCCUGAACAAAACUGGAACAUUCUCACGAUUUCUACUGGAAAAUACAAGGAUCGAAGUGUUCUUGGCAUUAUCGAUAAACUGGUGGCUAUUAAAGCUCAGUGGUUCUUUGCUGGUAAACCAGGCGUGUGCGCAAAAACAAGUAGCUUUACUGGCCGUAUCUCGCUUAGUCGGCUAAACGCAUUCAGGCAUGGGGAUAAAAAUAUUGUUGUGCCACUCCAAACAUUCAAUCUACCUCAGGGCAACCUAUGAGUUAUUUAUCCAUUUUUAGAUAUUUUUUUGUGUGUGCAUUGAAAGAUGUUACACUGUGUAUAGAUUACAUAACAUGAUUUUAUAAGUACAUAGUACAGUCAAACCUAUGGAAUUUGGCAAAAAACCAAAAAUAAGUGGCGGAAUCAGAAAAAUAUAUUACUGCGCUCAUUUGGACCAUCAAUAAAAUA